UUCUCAAGAGGAUACCCAACACGACAAGCUCCUUCUCCCAUCGCGAGCCUCUCGACUCGAAAACGCACGCAUUUUACUCUCUCUCUCGCUCUCGCUCGCCUGAAUUUCGAUGUUUGAUGUUCGUUUUUCAUGGUUAUUGGUGCGAGGCUGUGUGUAGUGGAUCAGCCGAGGCGCUUUGAUACGAUCGGAUUCGAAGUGAAGACGCGGCCGGAGGCUAUGCGAACAUGGUCGUGAAUGAUAGAUUUCGUUCGUCCGAGGAUGCUGAACGAAGAAGAUGACGGUUCCCCGGCCAAAUGCCGCGAGAGGCGUCGCCGGAGGAUAGAGAUGCGGCGGCUCGCCGCCCUCUCCGCCGCCGGGUCGUCGCCGCAACCUGGUCACGGCUCGGGGGACGGCCGCGUCGAGGGCCCCCGCGCCUCGGGAGCGAAGCGGAUCCGCGCGUCGGACGGGAGCUGCAUCCCUUCUUCCUCCUCCACAUCGUCCGGCGACGAUGCGGAGGCGCCGGUGGCGGCGCCGCAGCAGCAGCCGGACGUGGUUGCAGCGGCGACGUCGGUCGAGUGGUACGGGGUGAUGUCGGUGUCUGGAAGGUCGCGCGAGAUGGAGGACGCGAUAUGUGUGAGGACGGGGCUCUGCCGGCCGGAGCUAAGCCGGCGGCGACCGGUUCACUUCUUCGCCGUGUUCGACGGCCACGGAGGUCAUCAUGUUUCAAGAUUAUGUAGGGAGAAGAUGCACGUGUUCUUGGAGGAGGAGUUGACGCGGCCGAGAGAGCAGCGACCGGCCGAUGAAGACGAUGCGUGGAGGGAGGUGAUGCGGGCGAGUUUCCGGAGGAUGGACGAGGCGACGAUGAACACGUGCGCUUGCGGCAGCGUCGGGUCCCAGUGCGGCUGCCACGCCAUGGAGGUGGCGAUCGGAGGCUCGACCGCCGUGGCCGCCGUCCUGACGCCCGACCGGAUCGUCGUCGCCAACUGCGGGGACUCGCGCGCCGUCCUGUGCCGGGGCGGGAAGGCCAUUCCCCUCUCGCGCGAUCACAAGCCAGAUAGACCGGAUGAACUUGCAAGAAUUGAAGCUGCUGGGGGACGGGUGAUCCACGUGAAUGGAGCUAGAGUUGAAGGGAUUCUGGCUAUGUCCCGAGCCAUAGGAGAUAAGUACUUAAAGCCAGUCGUAACAUCAGAGCCUGAGAUAACUUUUACAGCGAGACAAGCUGAAGACGAUUGCUUGAUUCUGGCAAGUGAUGGCUUGUGGGACGUCCUGUCGAGCGAGUUGGCCUGUGAAGUGGCCUUCGAAUGCCUUAGGGGGGAAGGAAGCCCUCCAGCUAUGGACCUCAACUCUGGAGCAGGGGCUGAAGACAACGUGAACGGUGCCUUGUUUCCUUCGCGUAGCGUGUUGGCUGCUGCUCUCCUCACUCGCCUCGCUCUGGGCCGCAAGAGUUGGGAUAACAUCAGUGUCAUUGUAGUCGAUUUGAAGAAGAGCUGAGCUGAAAGAAAACCGUCAAUGGAGAAGGUACAUCAUGUUGAUGCGGCGAACUGUAAAGGUUCUCCUAAUGAGAGCUUGGGCGCCCCCCCCCAAUUCAUUGAGGAAAUAACUAAAAUGGCCUUAGACUUGCAGAAUGAUUAGGUUGGCACGCCGGUAUUGUUGAUGUUCAAUUCUGGUUGGGCUCAAGUUCUUUUUGUGGGACCUUGAUUGGUUUGCAUCACGAUCAAGUGGAGGGACAAAGUACCCGCAAUUGAUUUUGGAGUGAUUCCGAGGAUGAUCUGGGUUCAAUGAGCACUUCAUUUAGUGCA